AUGGUUGGCGAGAACAGCUGUCUUCGCGACUACGGGUCCAACGAAGACUGGGCCAAGGUGUGCCCGACCAUCAAGGACAGCCUGGACGACGAGCCAGAGAACCCAGGCCAGCCCGUGGAGCCCUGCCAGGCAGGCCAGAACGGCAACCCGGCCAGGCUGCGGCGACAGGACGGCGGUGGUGGUGGUAGCUGUCCCUUGAUCCCCGGGGACAACGGACCAGGCAAGAACAUCGAGUGGGAAACAGGCCCGUCGGGACCGGAGUGUGAGGGCGAAGACCACUGCGGCGGAGAGGUCUGCAAGGGCUACUACUGCGAUCCGGACCCUGAUAUCAGCCAUCCCCCGGACUACUACGACCCCAAGGACCCCGAGAAUCCGCAUGGAACGUCGUCUGAUAUUCCUGAGCCGACAUCAACAUCCACUUCGACUUCGACAGCGUCACCGACGAGUACGCCGAAGCCGCCUGUUAAAACGAUUGAUAUAUGUCUUGGGUCGUCAACGAGCACGACGUGGCAGUUAACCAUCCACAACUAUCUUGUUUAUCCGCCUGAUUCCGCCUGCAACGGUCUAUACAUCACAGACCCCAGCAUCGGUUCCUCCACACCAGUCUGCGACAUCCCCAAGGACGAAGUCACCUUCAACUACUGCAGUGAAGACGGCGACGCCAAAUUCGUGGACGAGGGCCCCGAGGUCUUCGACGGAUGCGGAUUCCAGCUCGAGCUCGAUGGAAAGAAGUAUACGCCGAAACAGCUGGACCCGGAUGACGACGAUAAUAACCCGUGCGCGUAUACCUGUGCUAGCGGGGGCACGAUUUCGUUCGUUCGGGGGCUUUUGUUGUUUGAGGAGAUUCCUGAGUGCGAUCAGGAAGGUAAAGGUCUUUAA